GUUUACAUGAAUAUCCUUGUUUCAUAAUUCCCUAAACGUUUAUCGUUUGCUAAACUUUGUGUUUGUAAAUUGUGAACAGUGAAGUUAACGUUUUCUGUUACUAUGGGGCCCGAUGAGCGUAAACUUGUCAACAAAAAGACGAAAUAUGCAAACCAGGACAAUUACCUCUCAUUAGCCGAAACCUGCCAAAGAUUGGGCGAGUUGUACAAGGACCGUGAGGAGUAUCAACGUGCAUUAAACGAGUACAAACUGGCGGCCAAGGCGUAUGAAAAGCUCAAUCGAUUGAUGGACCGCGGACUGGCGUUUCGAAUGAUCGGUGAGAUGCAUCUCAUGAUGGGUCAGUUCAAGGAAGCGCUUCAAAAUGUCCAGGCUUAUUCGCGGGCCGCUCGUAACGAGGCCAACCAGCUAGAAAUUCAGCGUGCCAAUGUUACCCUAGGUCGCGUCUACCUGCACCGAGCGGAGAGCUUUAUUUUGGAGAAGAAAACAUCGGAUGCCGAAGCGGACCUGAUCGAGGCCGAAAAGGCUUUCAAUAUAGCACUGUCGAUUUGCGACAAAUUGCAAGGGACGGUGCGGAAGGCUGAAUUUAUCGAAAUGCAAGCCGGAACGUAUUUGAAUCUCGGUGUGACGCUUGACCGGCGGGGAAAAACGAAUCCAGCUCAGGUGCAUAUGGAACGUGCAAUACGGUUAGCCCGUGAGGCAGAUUCAUUCGAACUUCUUCAUACUUGUUAUAAUACGAUGGCAUUAUCCUGUUCCCAGUGGGAGAAGAACAAUGAUGGUGAGCAUCGUGGUAAAACUUUACGCUUGUUAAACCAUGGCCUUGAGGUGGCUUCACGACUUUCGAAUCGUGCAACGAAAAUGUGCCAAACGUUGCUAUUAAAAACGGAUUUCUUUCUGCAAAUGGGCGACUUCCAGAGCGCUCGUCAAACUCUUAAAAGAGCAUAUCAUCUGAAAACCCCAGUCAGUAGCGACGCAAAACAAAUCGCACAGCAACUCAAAGUACUCGUUGCCAUAUGCCGUACGGAGGACGAGCUAAUAACCCUUGAAGCAACGAACUACGAGCGUCGUAAAACUCUUUACGAACGCAUGGGAGACGGUGCCUGUAAGCUGCGCAAUUUUGUCAAAGCGAUCGAUUACUACCGGCGAAUGCUGGAGUGUGCCGAAGCGCUCGGUGACGCUAACCGGCAGCUGAUUCCGUGCUACGUAAGCCUCUACCAGACGUACACCGACAACCAACAGUACGAUCUUGCCCUCGAGUACCUCUGGAAGGAGUAUGAGAUCAUCGCAAACGAACCGAAAGAAGCCUACCAUACACUGCUACAGAUUGCGAAGCUGUAUGAACGACAGGAAAAAUCCUUUUUUGACAUCGAGGACAUUUAUCGGAGGGCGCGUGUGGAAGCUAAAAAGCUACAAUCGAUCGAUCUGGAACGAGUUGCGGUGCAACGUGCGGUAAAGAUGUUACGAAAGAACUGUAUGGAUCUGAUGGCGGACACUCUCGAACAGGAAGCAAUUGCCGAGGGAAUCGAUCUAAGUAUCGUCGAACCAGACAGUGAGGGCUUGCCGGAUAUGGAUUGCCUAUCGGAGGUAGACGAGGACGAUGGGGAGAACGAACAGAACACACCGAACGUGGGCGAUGAUAUAAACCUCGAUAUAGAUCUAUCGGAAAAUUCGGACGUUGAAGGAGAAGCAAAUUUGGGUGGAGGUAUUGGAAGUGGUAAGAAGCUGAACGACAGUAUACCGGAUGCUUUAAACGCCUCUACUUCAGCACAAGGAAGAACGCGCAAACGUGGCAUGACGUUCGCCGUGCGCAGAAACAACAAGGGAGAAACGCAACUCCAUCAGGCAGCGAUCGCAGGUAAUACGGUCCUUGUCGAGAGGCUUCUCGAACAGGGUCACCCGGUAAAUGUGCGCGAUCACGCCGGAUGGCUGCCGCUUCAUGAAGCGUGCAUCCAUGGACAUGCCGAUAUCGUUACCACACUGCUUGAUCGUGGGGCACAUAUGAACGAUAAAGGUGGAACGAGCUGCGAUGGCAUAACACCACUUUAUGACGCCUGUUGCAAUGGCCGGUUAGAAGUGAUCGAGGUGUUACUCGAUCGUGGCGCAAAUGCAACACAACGGACUGAUUUCGGGGACACAACGCUGAAUGUUCUAGACACGUGGUACUCGAAACGUAAGGCACGGUUAUCACUGGAAGAAAUCCAUCAUUACGAACGAGUUCGGGAGCGAUUGGUGGCAAAGUUUGAUGCAGUAGCAGAACAAGUAUCGCCACCGUCCGUAGAUCGUCGACCUGCGAAAAAAGAUUUUUCUUCCGGUAGUAAAAUAACGGUCAAGCAAAAUAGUUACUCAAGCGAUUCCGAUACGCCAACCGAUUCCACAGCACACACUACCGGCAGUUCUUCGUCGAAGGUCAAAUCACUCCGAUCCACUGGAUCUAGUUCUGCUAGCUAUGGAAGUAAAGAAACGGUCAUGCGCUUACACCGAAACGCGGUUUCCAGUAGUGACGACGAAAGAUCCCCAAAGCGUGUCUCAAUCAAUGGAGCUAGUGACGAUGAGUUGGACCCGGUUGGCGUUAGCGAAUAUCGCAGUACGAUGUUAGCGCUGCGGAAAAACAAGAUCACCGAUCAUCGAGCGACAUCCCUUUCCCUAGCCGGACAGAAGAAACGAUUGGCGCACAUGGCCUUGGAUGAGGUCGAUGCCGACGAUUGGUUGAUCGACGAUUUGCAGCAAACCGCAAAAAGAAGUCGUGUUACGCCCUCCACCCUACCCCGUUCGGCUUCGAGUAGUUUGGAAAGGAAGAAAUCGUCCUCUUCGUUCGGAAAAAAUCGCUCUUCAUCGGACCUUACUGGUGUGGACGCAACCCCUCCUUCGUACUCAACUGAUUGUGCCUCUGCUUUGCUCGAUGCAGACGACGAUGAUCUGCCGUUUGCAGACGAACCCUACGCUAACGACUGCUGGCAAGAGCAAGAGAGUACUGACAGUGCCUUCAAUGUUCUCAUGAAAAACUCAGCAAAAAGCUUUCGUCGAAUACAAAACCGACGAGGCUCGUCGGAAACCCGUGCACGGCGACAUUCGUUAGGCAUUGCACAGACAUCCCUUCUUGAUGCUGGUUUCCAGCGGAUAGCAAGCCCAUGUUUUGACGAGAAAGAAAAUUUGACUCCACCUGAAGAUCGAUUAAGGACGCCAGUUAAGCAGACGACCCCAACACCCGUGGCACCCUCGCCCCAUAAAUCACCCGCCGCUCAGCCUUCUAUGAAGCAAACGUUCCAUGUGGUCCUUGAUGAUGGCAAAACAGUGGAUCUUUUCUUCAACGAUCAAACACUCUUCACCACCCGCACGAUCGGGUGGUUACAAAAUGAGAUCGUCAAGCGGUACAUCAUGUGCUACGGAAAACGACCACUGUUGAAGAUAAAACAAUCAAAAGAUCUCCAUGCGUUUUCUGAAAGUGAAUAUCUCAACGUGUUAACAGAAAACAGAGUACCUGGGUUAAACACGGAAAUAACUGUACAUGGCAUGGUCCGCGGCUGUCAGCAUGUAGAUUUCGCACAAUUUUACGAAGAAUACUGUCAGGAAAACAAAAAAGUGAACGACAAGAAUCUUCAAGCAAGGCUGAUAAAACUGGAACGUACUGGUUCAAUAAUUUUGGAACCCGACUUUGCGCUAACGGUACCUUCACAACCACUUCCCGCUACCGAUACAUUAUCGUUCGUUUUCUUGUUGGUAUUCUUCCAACAGGACUGGUUGAACCAUUUAGAUCUGUCGGUGAACGGAAUCACCGACAACCACAUGGAAACACUGGCUCGAUAUUUACCAUCCUGCAAACAUUUGCGUGUGCUGCGACUUGCUUUAAAUCUGCUCACUAGCCGAAGUGUUGAGAUGCUCUGCUAUGGCGUGAAAAAUCCGUUGGAUUUGGAAUCAUUGAGUGGUUCUUUGACGGUAGGUGGGUUAAAGGGCAGCGGGCUAGAAGAAUUGGAUCUUAGCAGUAAUCCUCUCGAAGACGAUGCUAUUGCCCCACUGUUCGUUUUGUGCAAUGAGUUAUCCAAUUUACGUGUCCUUCGUCUCGGGUCAACCGACAUAAUGACCAUAGACGAGAGUAAUGUUGGCAACUUCGAUAUUUCGCGAUUGGAAACGUUCGACGUUUCGCAAAACAAACUUCACGAACAUUCGGUGCAGUAUCUUUUGAAUCAGCUGUCCGAGGGCCAUUUGCGGGAUGCUAGCUUCCAUUCGCUCGCUGCACUUUGCACUGAUUUCAAACCCAAACUAUGGCAAACCAUAUCCAAUACCCAACUGGGAAGCUUGCGGGCUCUCAAUCUUAGCAACUGUCGACUGACUGACGAUGAGAUAGAAAACACACUCCUCCCAUCCCUCGGACGGAACUGUGAAAAGCUCGUCCAUCUGGAUUUAUCAGUCAAUGUAGCCCUCACAAAGCGUACCUUUCUUUCCGUUCUACGACAGUGCAACGGCGCCGUCUUUCGACUUGAACAAUUACACUUCCGGCACAAUGUCCAACUGUGGGUCGAGCUGGAUACGAUCGCACCGGCAGACCAGCUGAAGAUGAUCGAGUACAAUCCGUCCGUUCAAUACCCUCGAGAACUUCUGGCCAUGCUACCGGUUGGCGAUUACACAGUGCACCAACACGAAACAUUGCUCACCGUGGUCACUAACCUGUGGCGUACCUUAUGGUCCGCAAGAACUCCGAAUUUAACUAAGCACGACGACGGUUUACACAUAACGUUUAGUGUCGAUAAGUAGUAGCUUUUUUUAAAUUAUAUCAAUCAAAACAAAAUUUGAAUAAAGCAUGUAAAAUAAUAGUGAAUUAAAUUCACAAAUAGAUUUUUUGUUGACAA